UGGAUUAUCGAAAAUGAGGAGAAGGACACUAUGGAUGUUGAUUCCCCAGACUGUGUAACCCAAUAUCUUGAUUUAAAAGAAGAAACACUGGAAAGGUUCUGCAAAGAUGCAGCACGAGCCUUCUUUAGUGAGUUUGGCUUGAUAAAUCAUCAGAUUAACUCCUUCAAUCAAUUCAUAACAAGUGGGCUCCAGGAGAUUUUUGAUUCUUUGGGUGAAGUAGUCGUGGAACCAGGCUAUGAUCCAUCCAAGGGUGGAGGAGGAGAUUGGCAGCAUGCCACUAUCACUUAUGGAAAGGUCAGGCUCGGAAAGCCAACUUUUUGGACCGAAAGAAGUGGUCAGGAGACAGAAGAAUUAAAAUUGUUGCCUAAGCAUGCCCGGCUGCAAAAUAUGACCUACUCGUCGAAAUUAAAAGUGGAAGUAAGGGUUCAGGUCUACAUACUAGAGAAGAGUGACAAGGCUAAAACUGGAAAAGAUUCACACAUCUGUAAAAGGGUAUUGAGCGAUGACAAGAAGGAGAUUACCAUAGGAAGCAUGCCAGUGAUGGUGAAAUCAAAAUUGUGCUGGCUUGAUACACUGGAUAAAAGUGAUUGUUUAUAUGAUUCUGGGGGUUACUUUAUAGUUAAAGGAGCAGAAAAGAUGCAUGUAUGUCGCACCUGCAGCCGUUUCGCUAAUGUGAUCCAGCGAGUUGUCAGCAACGGGAAGAUACGGGGGCCUUAUUGUGGUUUCUUCAAAUCGGGGGAGAACGUCGUGAGGAUUAACGUACCGUAUGGUGCGAAACUGCUGUUUCAGGAGUUGUUUAGUAUGGGUAUCUGCCUCAAGUUUGAAACUGAGGUUUGUUAAGUUGAUGCUAACGUGGAAGUGGGUUGUGAUGCUUGUGUAAAUAUCUGAAGCAUGUGGCUGACUGGAAAUGGGUGGACGAGGACGAGUGGGUGGAUGUAUCUAUGUUUAUGACUCAAGACUGAUGGUGGUGGAUUGUUUGUUC